AUGUUCAAGAAUGCCGCGAAGAAUGCGGCGAAGCAUCGAUUGCGUCGGCCUUUUCACACGGCACCGUCGCUCGCGCCCGCUCCAUCGGCGCGUUUCUCGCUCGCGGUCCGCGUCGCGCUCCUCCUCGCGCUGCUGCUCUCGCUAUACUUCGUCAACAGAGAGACUCUAUUUAUCGACCUGAUUUUCCUUCCCCGAAUGCGAUUCGCUCCCGUGAUCUCGCACCCGAACGCGACUCACGCGAUCCUGACCCUCGCGCUCGGCUUAUCCUCGAUACGGCCCUUCUCGUUCGCGAACAAGCAGUCGUACUGUAACCGGCACGGGAUCGAGUGCAUCUUCGUUACAUCUCCGGCCAGUAACCGUACGCCCGUGUGGCAGAAGGUGGAGCUACUAGAGCGAUACCUGCCGCGGUACGAAUGGAUUUGGCUGCUCGAUCUAGACGCCUUUAUUAUGAACAAGACCGUCAGCAUCGGCGACAUUGUCGCUAAAGCGCAGCGCUCCGCGGAACUGAGUGCGCGACGUGAGCGGAAACUUAGCGCGGAGACCGAGCGGAAGCUUCGAGCGUGGGAGGACCCCAGCAACGGGGGGAGUGCCGCGGGGGAAGUCGGCGCGCGCGGUGCCGGUUCCGCCAGAGCGGAAAGCGCAGCAACCAAUAACACUCAUCCCGCAAACACCGCGACCGCAACCGCAGCUUACGCCACCACUCCCCAAGUCGACUUUAUUUAUGCGCGCGAUUACGAGGACAUGGGGCUGAACGCCGGAUCGCUCUUCUUCCGCCGCGCGCCGCGGUUUCUAGAAACCGAUUUCUUCGCCCAUUGGCUGUCCCUCUCGCGGUCGUUCCACAAACAGCAGCUGGAGGAGCAAGGUGCGCUCGCGGACAUGCUGCAACGUGACUAUAAAGGGGUGCGGAGCGCCUCGGUGCGCCUUGAGAUGCAAGAGAUUAACUUGUACUGUCCGGAGCAUGGAAUUGCGGGGUAUGGCGGCCAGGGGAUCUGA